AUUUCUUUUUAUUCCUGGAACUCGUGCUUACACCCAUUUGCCAUGGGAGCGUGCUGUAGUUGGUGCAAGGAAGAAGAUGCGUACGCCGCUGUCGAUCAAGAACGAACUCAUUUGCUGAUCGAUCCAGACUGCAACAAUACAAGCGUUCAACGUGGUGGUAUACCUGAGGACUAUCAUUAUGGAUMACUACCCAAAGAAUCUGAAGAGCAGGCUGGAUUAAAUCGUAUACUAGAAGAAAUAUCAUCAAAUGUUAUUGAUGUUGGCCAAUUGCACAAUUGUAUUGACCAACAAGAGGUUAUAGAACGUCAAAACCUUUAUAGUGCCAAACUGCAAAUUGUACCCCUUUCAUCUGUUGCUAAUACUAUUGUUAGUUUGAGACAAAUGCCUGUGUGCCUUCUGAAAGAURUUCCUGGUCCAGAGAAAGUAUUAUCAAGAAAUAUAGGACUACCAGAAAACUAUCGUCACAUAAUGGUUUGUGUGAACGAUAUACAAAAACGUUUAUCUUUAAUGAGUGUGGAACACAAGGGUGAUUUAGUCGUUCCAUUUUGAAAUGGACAUAUACUUUUUAUAAUAUGUAUUUCAAUUUAUCAUUUAUAUAUUAUAUGAAUAUUUUAAAUAUUUAUACAUAAUUA